CGUCGUCGAAUCGAACACACGGGUCCGGAACAAACAAACGGUAUCGGAUCGGUCGCGCGCGCUGCAGCCGGGAACCCCCGUCGGACUACUGCCGCCGCCGCCGCCGCCAAUUCCUACCUUUUUUCACGACCGUCGUCGACGUACCCGUACCGCGAACAAGACGUGUUGCGCGUGCGGACCAGUGCGUGCGUGUCCGUCGUCGUGUCCGGUACUGUUGUGCGCGCGACCGCCAUUCCUGGCUUGCCAUACCAUUCGUGUUUACGUUCGUUCGAACCCAGCGUUUUGCCCGUCCGCGAACACACCGAUUUGCUGCGAACAACACGAUAGCGCUUAGAACCGCGACGACAUUCAGCUAGCCAAUACCCGUCGGGAUGACGUACGUUCGGAUCGCCGCCGUCGGUUCGGCGCCGUUCGAAAAGCGGACGGUUUUGUUCGCAGCAGCAGCGUUCCUGUGGUGGUGCUGUUCGCUCGCCUCGGCUGACGAUUCGGCCGUCGGUCGGCUGUUCCCGGUCGGCGUCCGGUUCGAGUACGAGUUCCGGAGCUCCGUGCUCGUCGACGGUCCGUCCCGCCUGGCCCGCAACGGCACGACCAGUCCGGCCGGUCACCGCGUGGUCGGCCGACUGUCCGUCUCCAGCAUCUGGUCCGAUCCGUCUGACGGCAAGCUGUUGCGAUUGCACUUAAAAUCACCUAAACUUCAAACGUGGUCUAAAAAAUCAAAAGACGAUAUUCAACGACAGUUCAUUGAUCGUAAAUCUAAGAUCGACACGUAUGAAAAUCAACCGUUUUUUGUACAUUGGAAAAAUGGACAUGUCGUAAACUUGUACGCCUCUAGCACUAAAUUUCUGACUGAAGAAAAUUUUAAAAAAGGAAUCGCGGCUCUCUUUCAGUUUCAACUGUCUAACCAAAACGUGGUAGAGUAUUCAACACUUGGAGAAUGCAAUGUGACCUAUAGUGAAAUAAAGGAUAAUACAAUUUCAAAACAAAUCAAUAAUUGCGUGUAUUCCAAAAGGCUGCCUGAAAUUAAACAUCCCGAUAAAAUUUGGCAAGGCGUUUUAAGUUCAAAACGUGAAGGUCGACUGACAUACAAUAACGAGGCUCUGGUUGAAAUGUCUUUGAUCGAAGACUACGAAUACAUCACUAGCUUUAUGGACGAAGUUGGAGCUACGGUGUUGUCAAAACAGUAUCUUGAGUUAAAAAAAACCAGCUCAAAUAACGAAAUCAUAAAAGCGAAUAGUUUGUAUGAAACAAUUAGUCAACUGGAAAAGAAAACUAAACUGAAUCUCAAAAAACAAGAUUUAAGUACAAAUUAUGAGGUUAAAAAUUGUGAGCACUACAAUUCAUGUAAUCAAUUAGAAUAUGUGGUAAAUACAUAUCAUGAUUCAUUAUUGGAUUCAAAAUUGGGAAAAUCUAAAUCGGCUUUUGCAGCAAUUCAAGUAAUUAAAGCUAUCAUAAAUAGUGAUACAAAUAUGACUAAACGAGUACUAACAGAUGAAAAGAACAAUGCUAUUGUGAACCAAUUAUAUGAUAUAAUGGGAGCUGUUUUAAACGAAGGCUCGCAUAAAGUUGCAAUGGAGACCUUAGAUUUGUCUACAGAUAAAAAAUACGAUCAAGCAGAAAGAUACUUAUGGAGUGCAUCAAUAAAAUUUAAUCCGAAAGUAGAAAUCAUAAAAAAUUUAAUUUCAAUCACUGAACAGAAAUUUUCCAAUAAGAAUUUGAUAGAUACCAUCUACAACACUGUUACAGCUAUGACUAGUCGUUUAAUUCGUUACAAUCACACGGAAGCAAAUGUUCUUCUUUACGAUGAAAUGGUCGUUAGAACAUUAGAAAGAUUGCAGAAAUGUAAACAAGACGACGAUGAAUGCAUAUUAAUAUACAUCCGAGCGUUGGCUAAUCUCAAGCAUCCAUUGUCGAUCGAUGUCCUGUUAAACUUUGCACAUGAUGGAAAUAGAAAAAUUAGUGCAUAUGCCAUGAAAAUUAUUAAGAUGUUCGGAUCGUCUCUAUGGAAUAAUCAAGUGUUGAAAUAUUGCAACAAGAUUUUCUUUCAAUUGAUCAAAAAACAAGAUAGCAGUACUAGAAUGAUAGCAUUGAACAUACUUUUAGAAUCCAACCCUGACUACGAACUAUUGAAGCACGUCAUAAAAUGGCUCAUGAUGCCGGACGAGGGAUACGAAGUCAAACAAUACGCUUUGGAGCUAUUAAAGGAAAUGGCUAACCAAAAUGAAAAAUCGGCACAACUUUUACGAACAGUUCUAAUCCAAGAAAAGUUAAACCAUUAUGGAAGUAUGGCACAAAGAGGAUUGUCGUCUUCAUUUUCCAGGAUAUUUAUCAAUUACAAUAACAUCACCGGGCUGGUUAAAACGUCACAACAUAUAUAUUCAGGAGUGACUAAACGUGGUUCGGUGGACAUCGUUUUGAAACACGAUAACGUUCAAUAUGAUCUGUGUAGUUUCGGCAUAUUCACGAGUGGACUCGGGUACUUCACGUCCCUUUACGACGAUUCGGGCAAAAAAGAUACAUCCGACGAGGCUAACUUACCGACUUCAGCCGGUUUAGAACUAAGCAUUUUCGGCGUACACAUCAGACCGUUCAUUAUGUUUUCUAGUCAGAGUCAGUUGCUGGGGCACGUUUGGUCAGGAUCCGGAUCAGAGAGAACACCUAUUAUACAGGGAAUAUCACAAAUAAUUGAACACCUUGAGUAUGUGCCGUUAAGCAAUGGUUUUACAGCAGAACUGAGCGUCAAAGGAAUGCUAUCCUUGGAUAUAGCUGGUCAAAUAGAAAUGAGCAUGUGGAAUAAAAAUGCGCAAUCGGUGAUCGAGAAAAACGGCGGGAUCAGCAUACAAGGAUCUCUAAAACUCGAGACGGAUUUGGUAACGAACGAAGUGGAUUUUGCGUUAAUAACGGAAGGUUUUCUUCAUAUGUACAGUAACGCCGAAUUUGACACGAAAAUUGUUCUGUGCAUGGAAAUCAUAUUCGAGGACACAAACGUGAUCACGGCCGUACAAAGACGAGUGACUGUCAAUGAACCCACCGCGCCCUACCGAUCUCGUAAGGCUACGACUUGGACGCGCCCUGUCUCCGGACGUUCGUUUGCACUGAACCAACUGGUAAACAAAUUUUGCAACGCAAUCCAUUCUCAGUCUCAGUGAUAUCAGUUGCAGCCCAUAAGUUUCUAUAUUAUAAUAUUUACAAAUAAUAAUAAUACCACUGUGUACAUAAGUUAUUUAUCAUAUUUACCUCAAAAU